AGUAUGUUUCAUUUGGUUGUAGUUAAUGGGUAACGAAAAUAGCUAUUAGUAUUAAAAUUUUAAAUAGCACUGGAUUCGGUGUGUAGCCUUCAUUUUAAAACACCUUAUUACAAUUGUUUUAAUUUAUUUUACAAAGUUUAUUGGUAUUGAAAGUCAUAAAGUAAAACAGUAAUUAUUAACAAACUUAUGAAAACGGUGAAACACUGGCUGAGUGAAAGUGAAAGGAGUCAAAGGGAAAGUCGAAAUUUAAAGUAAAGAACUUAACGGUGUUUUGAAAGUUGGAAGUAAAAAUGGAUAGCAGUCAUUUUUCAGAUGAUGUCAGUUCUGGAUCUCGGAGUACUAGUGACUUCUCAAGUUUGUUAGCCGAGAUGAAGGCUCAGAAUUUUGAUGUCAUCAGAUUUGCAACUUACCGCACAGCUAGUAAGUUACGGUUUAUUCAGAAGAAGACAAAUCUUAGCCUGCUUGAUAUCUGGAACAUGAUUGAAACCUUCAGGGAGAACAGCUUGAACACACUGGAACCUCGGAUGGAAAUUAACAUAUCUCGACUGGAAACAUUACUAUCCUCACUAUUUUACCAGCUUAACAAACGAUUACCAGCUAAUCACCAGGUGGACAUUGAUCAAUGUACUUCAUUGUUGAUGAGCUGGAUUCUGUUGAUGUAUGAUCGGAAAGACACUGCAAAAGUAAGAGUGUUUUCUGUGAAGAUUGCUCUAAGUACUAUGUGUUCCGGGAAACUAAUGGACAAACUUCGAUAUGUGUUUUCACUUAUUUGUGAUGUCAAUGGCCAUAUGGUGUACAGUAAGUUUGUAGAUUUUCUACGAGAGGCUUUGGCUUUGCCUUGUUCAGUGCUAGAAUCGCCAACUUUUGCGUACAAUGACAGUUUACCUGGAACUGUAUUUGAUGGG